AACGCCACAUGGAAAUAUUUUGGAACAUAUAAGCUACUAUUAGCAUUCCUCUUCAAUUAGUACAAGGGGCAGAUAACAAAUUAAUGCCUGAAGAACUCCAAGGGAGAAUAUUUUUUUAAAAGAAUAUUAGCAAACUAUUUAUCAUUAUUAUUUUAAAAGUUGCAGUUUCUUUCAAUAGAAUUUUGUUCAAUUAUGCAUGAAUUUGAAAAUCUUCAUUUCUCUUAGGCACAGUGGAUAUAGAAACUUUGGCCGCAACAUAAGAAAAAAAGAAAGAGAAUGAAGAAAUAAUUGAAUGAAAACAACAACAAAGGGAGGAGGGAACAUCUGUAAAAAAAACAAUCAGGUAGGCAACAUAUAUAUUUUGAUAAAUAAUGGAGGAAUAAAUAUGUUUUAGUAUUUAAUUAAUUUUAUGUAUGUUUUGAAAAAAAUUGAUUCGUCAAUCCUAACUUCUUAACUUCGAAAAAAAUAACUUUUAAAAAAAAUAAAAAUAAAAAACCGGUUGAAAAGUCUGGUUAGCCAACCCGGACUUCUCAACUGUAGAACGGAAAUUGUUUUUAAAAGUGUUGUAGAAUGGAAAUAUUUUGGAGAGAGAGUGUAUUGGUAAAAAAGAACCUACAAAGCAACCACAAGGUAAACAACACUUCAACCACAAGAAGCAAACAACACAAUGAGUUCUGAAAAUUUGAUUUUUAUAUUUAUUUUUAUUAUUUUGAUAAGCAUUAGUUCAGGAAAUUGUGUAGAUAGGAAUAGGAAGAAGCAUUAUGUUCUGGUGCAUGGAGCAUGCCACGGAGCUUGGAGUUGGUGCAAGCUGAAGCCACGCUUGGAAUCUGAAGGCCACAAGGUCACAGUGCUCGACCUUGCAGCUUCUGGCAUCAACAUGAAGAGAAUUGCAGAUGUUGACACUUUCUCGCAGUACUCUGAGCCUUUGUUGCAGCUAAUGACCACAAUUCCCUCAAAUGAGAAGGUGGUUCUAGUUGGUCACAGUUUUGGAGGGAUGAACAUAGCCCUUGCUAUGGAGAAAUUUCCAGAAAAGGUUGCAGUUGGUGUUUUCUUAACAGCUUUUGCUCCAGACACCGAACAUCGCCCAUCUUACGUCUUGGAACAGAACACGUCGUCUGAAGACUUGGACAACGAAUUUGCCCCAAGUGGAAACAAGACAUCAGUGCUCUUUGGUCCUGAGUACUUGUCCAAGAAGCAAUACCAGCUCUCUCCCGUUGAGGACCUAGAAUUGGCCAAGACAUUGGUAAGGCCAUCAUCACUCUUCAUUGAAGAUUUGUCUAAGCAAAAGAACUUCUCCAAACAUGGAUAUGGUUCAGUUCCACGUGCCUAUAUUGUUUGCACUGAGGACCUUGCAAUUCCAUUGGAAUAUCAGCUAUGGAUGAUCCAAAAUGCUGGGAUCAAUGACGUUCUAAAGAUCAAAGGUGCAGAUCAUGCAGCUAUGUUUAGCAAGCCUAGAGAACUAUUCAAUUCUCUCCAGAAGAUAGCUACAAAAUAUGACUAGGCUAUAGGUUACUUUCAUCUGUACGUUGUGUUUGAAUUUGACUUGUGUUACAAUUAUAAGAUCUCGUUUAGAAACAUGACUCCCAUGAGACAAAUAAAUAAAGCCAUAGUCUUGCAACUACUGCGUCAUUUCCGAUCCAUACACGCAGGGAUCUGUAUAAAUUUUAUUUGAUAAAAAUAGAAUGAUAUGAAGUUGUGUUAGUUCUUGUCAAUUCAUGCUAACGAAUAAAUGAAACUUAUCAAAUAAA